AUGACAUUCAAUUAUCCACCACUUGGGAACAACCCGUUAGGUGUGGGUGAUGACAAUCUUUUGGGAACAUACCAAAAUGCAGGACUACGUAGUCCCAGUCAUUAUAAUUUGUCAAAUAUAUUUUAUCAGAAUCCUGGUUUGGUUUAUCAAAUGCCAGUCAAUCAGAUGAGCCCUCCAACUCAGGGUAGUUUUACAAGCCAAUUAUUAGGAAGAGACAAUCCAGGAAGUAUGCAGCAUUUUGCAGCAGUAAAUCCUUAUUAUCAAUAUCUGUAUCAAAACCAGCCAAGCUCGCCAUUUGCACCACCGACUUUGAGCAAUAAAUCUUCUUCCAACCAGCAUCAAGGGGGUAGUAUAGAUUUGUCUCUCAACAACAAUAGUAGCAGUAGCACCAAUAACAACAAUAGCAGCAGUAGCAGUAACAAUAAUAACAAUAAUAACAAUCAGAGGAAUAUAUUUCAGCAUCCUGGUGAGCCACCAUCUUACAAUGCUGCUUACAUGGGGAACAAUAACAAUAACAACAAUGAACGACAGCCGUCACCCAAGCACCUAACUAGCAUGAAACCUCUUAACCCCAUCUACUCACCUCCACCUCCUCCUUAUAGUCAGAACCCGUUCAUGAAUUAUGCUUCCAACAACAACAUGAGAUCUCCAUUUAUGGCUGCACAUCAAAACUCACAAGGAUUAUCUGCUUCGCCUAAUCAAAUCAUCAAUUUGAGUCCAUCUCAAAAUCCUAAUCCUAGUCCACGCUUCUCGCCAUACAACAGUAAUAACAAUAACAACAAUAAUAACAACAACAAUAACAAUCCAUCAAAUUCAAAUAAUGAGAAAUCAAAUGCAUUUGGUCACACUCAUAAAGAAAAGCUCAUGAAACAGCAGCAACAUCAACAGCAACAACAUCAACAGCAUCAACCUCAACAGCAACAACAAAUAUUAAAACCUCCUUCAACAUCUGGUGGGAGAAGAAACACGGCAAGCCACAUGAUGGUCAACAAAAAUGUUGAUGACAUGUCUCACUUACUUAAUGUUAUGAAACGAAUUGAUGCUAUAAUUAAUGAAGUUGUAAAGGAAUCUUUUAAAGUGAAAUUUUUAACAGUUUCUUGUUUGAACAGAUUUUAG